UCUAGUAAAGUUUAGAAAAUGAUAAGUAAAGUAAUUACAUUUUUAAUACUUGUAUCAAUAACAACACUUUAUUUUUAUUUAUUUAUUUAAAUUUAUAUUUUGCAUUGCAAUUAAGUUUUCACUAUAAAUCUAUUCAUAAACAAAAUUACAUUUUUGUUACAAUAUUUUAUAUUACAUUUUUUAAAAUGGUCGUAAACAAUAGACAUAAAAAGAACGUGUUGAAUAAUUUUAGAAUAAAUGAGGUUGAUUCAGAAGACAUAAGCUUGGAGAAUUUAAGUAUUAAUGAAAUACAAACAAAUAUUAUAAAGCAUUCUUGGCAAUAUACUGUUCAAUUAAAUCCAAUUACGUUCUAUGAAAAUAAUUCAGAUAUACAACCAAAUAACGAACACCAAGUCUGGAAAGAAACUCAUUACUUAUCAUUAUAUAAAAGGGUGUUAUCUAUAUUAAACAAACUUACUUGGACAACGUUUGAUCAGCUAGUCGACGAAUUUCAAAAAUUGCCAAUAGAAAAUAUAGAAUGUCUUGAAAAUAUUGCUAAUAUUGUUGCUCUUAAAGCUUUUGAUGAACCUUCAUUUGGAUCAUUAUAUGCUUGUCUAUGCAGGGUUAUUGACAUAACUAUAAAUUGUCAAAAUGAAAAUGGUUUAACAUACCAGAUGACAUUUAAAAAAUGUGUUAUUACAGUUUGUCAGAAUUAUUUUGAAAAACAAUGUUUAGAUAACACUGACCCAAUAGUUAUGUCUGUAGAUCAUGAACAAAAUCAAAGAAGACUAAAAAUGCAAGCAAUUGGUUGUAUCAGAUUUAUUGGUGAAAUUUUUAAACAGUCAUUAUUAUCUCCAUAUGUUGUACACUACUGUAUAAAAACUUUGUUAUUUAAAACUAAAGAACGGUCUCUUGAGUAUCUGUGCAAUCUUUUAAAAGUUGCUGGCAAAGAGUUGAAUGAAAAAAUAAGUUUGGAAGAUAUAUUUGAACAUUUAUUAUAUUUGGUAUCUGAUGAAAUGAGAUCUAAAAUAUCACCUAGGAUACGAUUCAUGGUUAAAGAUGUAAUUGAAGUGAUAAUGCCUUCAAGAGUACUUUGAAUCAAACUGAUUCAAUCUUGGAGCUUACAACUUCUUACCAAGUUCACUUUUCUGAAGUUGACCAUUAAGCUGUAUUUUGAUGUUUGGUUCUUAAUAGCAAUGUUUACAAAAAUAACUUCAAAUAAUGUUUUAAUUUGGAUAUUUUUGAUUAGUGUUAUAAUUAAUAACUAUUUUAAAUAAUCUGUGAUAUAUAAAAAUGCCAUGGUUGUUAAUAAACACCGUCUGUUAACUGUUAUUUUUAUUUAAUAAUCAAUAAUAUUAUCUUUUAUUUAAUUUAUGGCACAAAAUAAAUAUAUAUCAAGGUAGAGGUACCUAUUUGACGUACUUUAAGUAGUGCACAUUUUUUUAAAUUAAUAAUUUAUAAAUUAAAAA